CAAAGGGUAUUUACGUCAUAUCAUGUUAAACAAAUGAAAAUCCCACAAUAUCGCUUCCGAUCUUGAAUAUUUGCUUUGAAGUUUCAAUAACUCUGAUUCUUUAUUCGUUUAUUGUGCAGAUUUGCGAUCAAAAUUCUUCUAUUCUCCUCUACGAAUCUGGUUUAUCCGCAAAGGAUCCUCUAGGAGACAGUUGAGUGUUUAACUAUUAUGUCGUCUAGGCGUCAUGUUCGUUACAGUCCUUUAGCUGUUGAUGAAGAUGAUGAUUAUCAUGGUGGAAGGCGUUUCGACCCAAGGUUUGAUUAUUCACCAAAAGCCUUUGAUAGAGUCCCAUGGAAAUCCAUUGUCCUUGCAGUCUUUCUGCUUUGUCUGGGGUGCUUGCUUCUUUUUCUUUCGUUUUUCAUCUUCUCGGGGCAUAUGGGAGGAGAGAAGUCGCAGGCAUAUGGCCUUCUAGUCCUCGGAAUUCUUACUUUCCUUCCAGGUUUUUACGAGACUCGGAUAGCAUAUUAUUCUUGGAGGGGUGCUGAAGGAUACAGCUUUGCUUCCAUUCCAGAUUAUUAAGACUUGAGGUUUGUCGGGGGAUGCAUCCCCCUUCCCUCCGCCGCCUCCUCUUGUAUUGAACUAAAUCGUAACAUUAUAGUUAAAGAGAUUGUUUAAAGCAACCUUACAAUGCUGUAAAUUCAUGAAUUUUGAGUGCAAUCUAUUCGUUACUUUAAUCGUAAACAGGCAGAAAA